CUCUUAAAAGCAGAUUUCUCGUGUGGGGUUUGGGAUAGAGUCAAUGUAGAUAGAUUCUAUAUAAGUUUGACUUUUAUAUCUUCAAUUCCAUUGGCAUCUUUACUAUUUUUCUAUUUCAUGGAACAUAAUUUGUCUUCCUUUAUUGCUACUCCGACAGGGAAUUUCUAAGAAACUAAGAAAUAAUACUGUUUCAUACAAAUGUCAUGACAGACAGCACUGGAAGAAUGAAAGUUCUAAGCUAUAAUUUGCUCAAAAUAUCUGUGUUAUGAAAGACCAGUUCUCUUCAGGGCUUUAUUUAGUCUUUUGUGUGGGAGAAUUACCUUCCCAGUUUCACACUUAAAUUGCUGCAUAGUGGCCUUAGCAUCCCACAAAAUAAAAGACAGCUGGAAUCCCAAAAUCAUAAAAUUUUGUAACAUCUUAAGAUUAUUGUACUCAAGGUCUUGGCCAAUUAAAAAAAUGUGAGAAUUCAGGAGUUGAGCUGCAGUCUAGGAGUUUGAAGAGUGCCAGGUUAUUAAACCAUGACAUUCUUAAGGUAGAACAAAUUCUGAUGAUCCAUUUGGCCUUCAGGCAGUCUUUAAUCAUUCUAUAUGUUCUCUGAUAAGCAGUCAGCCCUCCUCAUUACUUAAACCACAGUUGUUGGUAUUGUCCUGAUAACUGCAUUGCUGUCACUAGCUUUUCCCCAUUUCCAAACUUAAAAAUGCUCAUUUAAAACACAGCACCAAACAAGCAUACUCUUGUGUGCGUGUGUGUGCUGAUUUCUAAAAAUUUGGAAGUAAAAUUGGACUUGACGUAGAUUGAAACUACUUUCAUUCUUCUUCAUGGACAGACCUCCCCUAGAUUAGGAAUGUAAAAUGUGUAGAUCAGCACAAAUUGUCAGUAACUGUUUUAUGGGUAAAUAGUCAAAUGUUUGGGCUUUUUUUUACAUUUUUAAUGGCCCAAGAGGAUAAAUGUAUGUAUUAACUUUAGAUGAUUCUUUUAAUGGAGUUAUAUAAGGAAGAUAAACUGAACAGAUUUAACAUUAGAUAAGUUUCAUAAAGUUGGCAAUGGCACCUUAAUACAGAUAACUCUGAUGUUGGGAGGGUGGAGUAUAGCACUGCCUCUGAAGCCCAGUAUUGAUAAGGAUGCUAAAUUUUAUUGUAUUUGUUUGCUGCCCAACUCUCCUCAGGGCAACUCUAAAUACUUUAAACAGUUGAGAAUCAGAAAAAUUUAUACAACCACCAGCAAAUUCUCAUUUCCCAGAUCUGAGUGUGUGAAACAUUACUUUUCAUAUACUAUUAGGUUCUGCAAAGUAAAAUCUAAACUGGUUGUGUAAAAGAUGGAGAUUUUGUAGAUUUAUAAAUCCUGUGGAUAAACUUUUCAUACUGCCAAGUGAUUUAACAAAUACCCUUUUAUUUAAAAAAAUGUGAAUUCUGUGAUGAUUUUAAAAAUAGGUUCCUGGGUGCAUGCAAGUUCAAACCAUUUUGUUUUGCCGUUUUAUAUGUACAUUUUCUCAACAUUUUGCAACUAAUUUAGAUUCUAGUAGGAAAAAUUGAUCCAGUUAAGUCUAAAGUAGUCAGUUUCUAUUUCUUUGUGAGGCAGAAGCCUGUUUCCUAUCCAUACCUUUGUAUUGUGUCAGAAAGACGGCUCUGUGGUAAAGUAUUAAAAAUUCAGGAUUGCCUGGUAGUGCAACUAAAAGAUAGCUGCUGUCUCAUAAAAGCAUUUCAGUUAAAUGUUACUGUGUUAACUGACAAAAAUAGAAGUAAAUACUGUUUAAUUGGAUAUAAAUAUGGCGCUUUUUCACGUGAAUCCAGAGUAUCUGGUAGCAAUGAAAGAAAAAGUUGUAAGCCUACUCCUACCGGUAUGUCCACAUACUGCAAACAUCAGACAUAAAAUUGAAUAUCGUGUAUCUAUGACUCAGAAUAAUAGCUACACGGUUUUAAAAGAAUAAAAGGUUAUGAAAAAAGCUCGGGCCCUGCCUCGUGGAAAUUGGAAUUCCCGAUAAUAAGAACAUCGGCAAAUAAAGUAAACAAGCAAAACACGAGGGCAGGAACCGUUCUAACAUGCAAACACGAACACCCUGUUUCACAAUACCACGCUUCUCACGCCUGCGGCAAGCAUAACUUGAAGACCCAGAAGGCUCUGCCCUUGGGUGAGCAGUGGUGCGCAUGCCUAAAUUGGAGACAACGAAAGCGACUACAAUCUCCAAGAGCCUCCUACUACGUUAGUUGAGCGGGCAUCGACAAGAGGCGGGCGCAAGGAUUGCUGGGAAAUGCAGUCCGCAUUUUCUGAGGCAAAUAGAGGCGGGGCCCGGCGAAGCAUGUUACCUGACGCCGGCGAGGACGACGCUGCUACCACUGGGAGCCGAGGAUGCCUCAGAGGACCGGGGAACUGCCCCCGUUCAAGAAACCGAAGCUGGCGUCCACCACGCUGCCUCUCGCCUCUGGAUCGCGCAGAGCGAUGUUACUAACGACGCCGGGAACGAAACGCCAUCCUUCGUCCGCAUCCUCUUCCUUGUCGUCUUCCUCCUCCUCUUCGAUAGGGAUCGACAGCCAGCGCCGGAGCCUGCCGAUUUUCCAAGCGCGGGGGACGCUGCUCGGACAGCUCCGCACCUUGGAUUGCGCGGUCCUGAUCGGGGAAACAGGUUCUGGAAAGACAACUCAAAUUCCACAGUAUCUCUAUGAGGGGGGAAUUGGGCGCCAAGGAAUAGUUGCUGUGACCCAGCCUCGCCGUGUGGCUGCUAUAUCCUUGGCUACUCGAGUCUCAGAUGAGAAGAAAACUGAAUUAGGAAAACUGGUUGGCUACACCGUGCGAUUUGAAGAUCUUACAUCAGAUGAAACAAAAAUCAAGUUUCUGACAGAUGGAAUGCUGCUUCGAGAAGCCAUUGGCGACCCUCUUAUGCAUAAAUACAGUGUGGUCAUUUUGGAUGAAGCACAUGAGAGAACAAUCCACACAGAUGUGCUCUUUGGCGUAGUGAAAGCAGCCCAGAAGAAACGGAAGGAGCUUGGGAAAUUACCUCUGAAAGUGAUUGUCAUGUCAGCUACAAUGGAUGUAGACUUGUUCUCCCAGUACUUCAAUGGAGCACCAGUUCUCUACUUGGAAGGCCGGCAACACCCCAUCCAGAUUUUCUACACAAAGCAAUCUCAGAGUGAUUACCUCCAAGCAGCACUAGUGACAGUCUUCCAGAUCCAUCAGGAAGCACCUUAUUCCCAGGACAUCCUGGUGUUUCUGACAGGCCAGGAAGAGAUUGAAGCAAUGACCAAAACUUGUCGGGACAUUGCAAAGCAUCUUCCAGAUGGCUGCCCUCAGAUGGUGGUCAUGCCCCUUUAUGCUUCUCUGCCUUACUCACAGCAGCUCCGGGUCUUCCAGAUUGCACCCAAGGGUUAUCGCAAAGUGAUUCUUUCCACCAACAUUGCAGAAACGUCCAUCACCAUUGCAGGCAUCAAAUAUGUUGUGGACACAGGGAUGGUCAAAGCAAAGAAAUAUACACCUCAAAGUGGCCUGGAGGUCCUGGCAGUCCAGCGGAUCUCAAAGGCCCAGGCCUGGCAACGGGCUGGUCGAGCCGGGAGAGAGGAUAGUGGAUUUUGUUACCGCCUCUACACAGAGGAUGAAUUCGAGAAGUUUGAUAAGAUGACUGUACCAGAGAUCCAAAGGUGUAACUUGGCCAGUGUGGUGCUCCACCUGUUGGCUCUCAGAAUCCCAAAUGUCCUUACCUUUGACUUUGUGUCGAAGCCACCUCCAGAGGCACUUCAGGCUGCCAUCGAGCAACUGGCUCUCUUGGGUGCAGUGGAAAAGAAAGAAGAUCAGCUGAUCCUCACACCAUUAGGAAAAAAGAUGGCUGCAUUUCCUCUCGAACCCAAAUUUUCCAAAAUGAUCCUAAUGUCUCCCAAGUUCCAUUGUACGGAGGAGAUCCUGACCAUUGUCUCGCUGCUCUCUGUGGACAGUGUCCUCUACAAUCCUCCUUCCCGUCGGGAUGAAGUCCAGGCCAUCCGAAAGAAAUUCAUCUCCAGUGAAGGGGAUCAUGUCACUUUGCUCAACAUUUACCGGGCCUUCAAAAAUAUCAGUGGCAAUCGGGAAUGGUGCAAAGAAAAUUUUGUGAACAGUCGGAAUAUGAUGCUGGUCUCAGAUGUUAGAGCUCAGCUAAGGGAUAUUUGUAUAAAGCUUUCAAUACCUCUGGAGUCUUCCCGCAAUGAUACUGGGACUAUCCGCCGCUGCCUGGCCUAUAGUCUCUUCAUGUAUACAGCAGAGCUGCAGCCAGAUGGCACCUAUGCCACAACCGAUACCCAUCAGCCAGUGGCCAUUCACCCGUCUUCAGUCCUUUUCCAUUGCAAACCAGCCUGCGUUGCGUACAAUGAACUGCUGCACACCAGCAAAUGCUACAUGAGGGACCUCUGUGUGGUGGAUGCUGACUGGCUGUAUGAUGCUGCCCCCGAAUACUUCCGCCGGAAACUCAGAGCAGCCAAGAAUGGACCAUAAGAUUGGGGAUGAGAAAAAAAAUUAAUUGCUUACAGGACCUGGAAUCACGACUUUGGUAACUGAAUAUAGAGGAAUGUUGCUGUACCGACUGACUUCCCGCUGGCAGAAAUGAGCUGGAUCUCAUAAUGUUUCUUUCACAGUCCCUUCUGGAAUAGGACUUUAAGUGGGCAUGUUCCACAGGCUGUAUCUACCUAGAAGCGAUAAUAGAAGCCACAGGCAGAUUUUGUCUCUCGAAAUGCUUUGUGAUUAGCCCUCCUUUUUUCCCCAUUCCAACUGUAUUAUGAGGGUUUCAUAGAAGUAAAGCCUGCUUCGGUCUUCAGUCCUUUAGAAAGCAUGCCAUAUAAAGAAAAGAGAACAUGAUAUGUUUUUAGGACAAACCUAGUAAAUCUGUACAUUUUGAAAACUGCCUUAUCACAUACUUUGUCAGCACUGCAUCUUACCAUUACUAUGUAACGUGAGGAAAAAUAAUUUUAAAUAAUAUUUAUUUUUAGGAUGGAAA